AUGACAGUUAAAGAAGCUUUUGAUAAAAAUAUUAAAGAAUUUGAAGAAGUUUGUAAUGAUUUACAUUUUACUUUGGCUAUUUAUAAUAAUGAACGAAGAGAAAUAGAAUCUAAAAAAGUUAUAGAAGAUAUAAAUAUUUUACUUAAGAAUAUAGGUGAUAUAAGUUUUGAUAUCAGAUUAGUAAUAAAAAAAUUAACCCAGUUAUCAACAAAUAUAGAUGAAUUAACUAAACAAAUAGUUAAACCUGAAAGUGGUUCCAUGGGUACAGAGGAUACCACCAAAGUAAAAUUAAAUAAUGUAUUUAAAGCAUCUGAUAUAAAUCUAGCUAAUCUUGAACCAUAUCCACUUAGUAAAUCAUCUGGAAAAAAUAUUAUUAAAAGAGUUUAUAGAGGUGUUGAAGUU